UAACCUAAACAUUCCAACCUUAAAUAUCAUUGGCGCACAAGAUCGUAUGGUACCGCUUAAUUAUAGUUUAUAUUACGCAGGUCUCGCUAAACGUGAAAACAAAAUUAUUUACGAAGAAUGUGGACACCUCCCUCAAUGGGAAGUUACAAAGGAAUUUAAUUACGACAUCUCGAAAUUCGUGUCCAAUGUAUAG